AUGCAAGCGAAAAACUGUUUGAAGAAAGGUUCGGUGCUUUUGGAUGUUGUGGAGACCGGAUUCGAAGCUAUUGCCAGAGCCGUCGUCAAGGAAUGGGGUCAACGAGGACUGGUGAAUAGUGUGGUGGCUGACAUAGUACUACAAACUAUACUGUCUCCUAAACAUCAUCUCGGAGCCGUCCCCGGCGAAAACUAUUUC